AUGGACAUAAACGAGGACAAGAUCAAGGAGGAAGUCAGCAGCUUCGUCUCCUCCCUGCAGCGAUUACUGCCAAAGAAGAAGGAGAUCAUUGUGGUCGAACCAAAGCGAUACAGAACCACAAAGCUGUGUGACAUUCACGCUGAGGCGAAAGGUACUUUCCCAAAGUGCUUCAUCGGCGCUCGCCUCAUUGUUCUCAGAGAGAUCCUCGAUAAAGUGAAACUGGUUCAACAGUACAGCUAUGGGAAGACAAGGGAAUCCUACAGGUGUUAUUCCCAGCUCAUUCACAAGGAAAUGGAACCGAAGAGCACCGAGGAAGGGUUGCUGAUAGACUCGUCUGGUUCUGCUACGGCUACGUAUAAAGAUAGCUUUGACGGAGGGUAUCAGAUGCGUCUGAUGUCUAGAAUCAGGGAUUUGGUGUCGUCAGAAACAGAGGUUGUGGUUGAGAAAGAAAAUGAAAAGUCUGUUGGAUCAGUUUCGUGUUCUGUAAGAGAUGUGGACCCGAACACAUUACGUAUGGUGACGCAGUGGAUGUACAAAAUUCUUCCGGAUGUGUGUUUUGGAACCGAGAUUGGAUUCAAGCCGUUAACGUACCCACCGUUGCCGGAGGUCUCGAUCAGUGCUAGGUAUGACAGGCCCAGCUUCACAUUAUCUUUAACAGCAAGCAAAAUUGGCUUUCAAGUGUGUCUUUACAAACAGUUCUCACCAGAUUUACGAGUAGCGACGAUAAUAACCGAGGGUUGCCGAGGCGGGCAGACCACGGUCAGUUUGGCAAUGCACAAAAAUUACCACAACGGUUCUGAAUUGAAAAUAUUUGUUGACUCGCAACGCUGCGGGGGCUUCACUUUUCAAAGAGAUAUUCUAUUUUAUGAGCCGCAAAAUGAGAUCCGCGUGUUACGUCUCGUCGGAAGUACCCUGAUAGAUAAACAAAGGCGGGUUCGAUUCGGAAUUGGAAUCAAUCUGGAUUUCUAA